GGUGAAUCCAAAAUCUGCGUCGAUUCCUUCGGCGUCUGUUAUGAUGAUAAUAUUGUAUAAUGACAUCGUCAUCUUCGCUCGAUCCACUCGGCAUUUUUAUUGCUUCCCAUAUUUCCCCUUGCUAGGUUUUUCGCACGUGUUUAUUUGGUAGUAGAAAUAACAGGAGUGACUGAAACCUUGCAAUAUGUGAGUAGCGUCGUGUGCGAAAUACAGUUUAUAACUAGUUUGUAAUUCUAAUUACUGAUGAAUUUUCCGUCAUAUUUGAGUAGCUCCAUGUGCGGAGGGCCUUAGUAAUCUGUGCCUUACAUCGCAUCCGAUGUCAUAUGAAAGAAAAGUACUCUGUGGUCGGUCAUAAGAUUUUGACCCAUUUUUGACCGGACAGUGACACGAUAACAAUGUCAAAACAAAAGUUGACGUGAUUACAAAAAUAAAAAUAUUAUGUACUCUAAACUGGAUUACUGUUAAAAAUAUUAAAGAAAUUACUAGAAAUAUGAUUGAAAAUAGUUAUUACACUGCAAUAAAUAAUAAGAACAGCUUUUAGUGAUGCUCAGUUAAAAUAACCACACUUUUUUGUUAUAUAAUUUAUUUUCUUUAAUCUUAUUUACAAGACCACUUCAGUUGUACCAAAAUGUGCUCAAUACCACCCCCUCCUCCACCACCAAAAUCGCCGGAUAUAAUUUCUUCCACGAAAGUGACGAAAAGCGAAGUAAGCAAAUCUAACUACAAUCCUGGCUUGACUUGGGCCGCCACACAGCCUGAGCUUAUGGAGGCUUGUUCUAAAAACAGAAUCUGCUGGGAAAAACCUCCAUUCAAAUACAAGUAUAGAGAGUUCGCAUCUAUCUCGCAAAUUGGGCCUACUUGUGGAUUAGUUGCAUUGUCUAUGUUAGUCGAUGGAGAAGCAUCACCGGAUGAAUUGUUGAGUAUUGCAAAGUUAGAGGGUUUCACAAGCAAUGGGGAGAUGUUCAGCUGCAAACAAAUGGUGAAACUGUCUGAAAAAGCCUUCAGCUUAGCUGAGGUAGACAAUCUUAGGUGUAAUUUGAAACGUGGAGGCUUAUUUAGUUCUGAGACAAUUGAAAGACUUAUCAAUGGUGCUGUUCUAUUAGUUCCCUAUGAUGCAGACUGCAAUCACUCACCGUGUCUAAGAAAUGGUCACACUGCUCACUGGGCUCUAGUCUGUGGGGUCAUCGUGAUCAAUGACCCCGGAGAACAUUAUAUCAGUGACCCCAAAAAUGUCCAUGUUCUAUGCAAACAUGGCAAGUCCAAAUACUUAGCUGUUUGGAGCUUGUAUGACCUUGCACAAAGUAACAAUAAUCUUUUUGAAUUCUCUCCUAAGAAAGAAGCUGAUGGUCUAGUUUAUAUUCUUCCAGAGGGGGGAAUGGGAGGAGAGAAUGGGUUGCGGGACCAAUAUUUGAUAUUCGAAGGUUUUUGACUAGUGUUAAGCUCAAAUGAAUCAUAUCAAUAUAAAAAUACUCUGUUAAGUUAUA